CUCUUCUACACGAGCGUGUAGCCGCUUAGUCGCGCUCAGUCCAGCGCUCGUCGACUGGGGGAGAGGGGCAAGAUGGUCACACAAACACAAAAAAACCCGAGAUGGGACUUCCAGUUCCCUAUGUACGGUGCCAGGAUCACGCUUCCCAACGAGAAACCCUUGUUCAAGAUGUCGCCGGCCGACGAACGUGAGCGCCAGCACAAUCGAAAGAGGAUCAUGGGGAAAAAAAGCCGCAGGUUUUUCAAGGUUGUUGACACCGAAGCACCACUGGCCAAUUCGUUCAAGUGCCACCCGUUGGACACGCCCGACCAACUCUUUGUGCCGACCAACAACUGGGGCUUGGUACCCCAGACGCGAUUCGUCCACCAUUUUGACGAGGCCAUGGUGCUUGUUCAGACCGACGGGGCCUGCCGCGACAAUGGCCGACCAAACGCCAAGGCCGCCUCGGCAGUCGUCUAUGCGCCCCACAAUCCCCUCACGGGGACCGAAGGCGUCUUUUCGUUUCCCCUGCGGGACAAGAGGGAUGCGACCUCGAAUCGUGCCGAAAUGAUUGCUGUGCUUGCCGCGAUUCGAUGCCGAAAUUGGAAGGCGGAAGGAUUCAGCCGGCUCGUCAUUGGCACGGACUCGGAAUGGAUCGUCAAAGGCGCAACGAUGUAUGUGCGCAAGUGGCAGUACACAAAUUGGCGCACAGCCAGCGGAGACAAGCUGACAGGGUCUAUAGUUUGGAAUAUUGAGGCCAAUCGACACAAUGGUCUCGAGGUGCUCUUCUGGAGGCUUGACCGUUCGCUGAAUGGUCGAGCGGACGCGGCGGCCAAGCGCGAAGUGAAUGAGAUGACUACCUUCGUGAAUGGCUUAUCAACGGUCGCUAUAAUUCCGGAACGAUAUCAUGAUGAGUAUGUCCGAUAUCAUGAUGAGUAUGUCCGAUAUCAUGAUGAGUAUGUCCGAUAUCAUGAUGAGUAUGUCCGAUAUCAUGAUGAGUAUGACGACUUCACUAGUAUUUAGAACGGGCUGCAUCACGCUGCUGUAGACAAGACCUGCCUGCCCGUCAGGGCGUCGAAGAUUGUGGCUGUCACAAUUCCCUAUUUUUAGAACAGUGUACAAACAAGCAGGCCUCGCCGGCCGCGUUCUUGGCCCGCCUUCCUCUGCCAAUAUCACAUGCUCUUGCAGCCAUCUUGUCUCCUCCAAUCUUUGU